GUCUUCCAUCAGUCACAUCAUCUGAUUAAAUUUCUUCGUUCCUCCUUCUGUAUACAUUUUGUUUUAUUAUUUUGUUAUUAAUUAUAGGUACCUACUUUUAAUUUUUUAAUUAGUUGGUUAAUCAUAUUUUAACAAAGGUCUAAUUGUUCACUGAUCUUAUAUUUUGUAGUUUGUACUUGUUACUGUUUUUACCUUAUUCAUCGAUUUGUCAAGGACGGAGAAAUCCAAAAUAUAACAAAGGUGGGUAUAUGUGUGCACUAAUGCGUAUAUGUGUGCGUAUGUUUAUCUCGCACAGCUGUUGAGGGGAAAAUGCAAUAAUAAAAGACAGAAAAAAAAGAAAGAGUACAUAUUAUAAUAUUAUUAUAUUAUGUUUAUCGAUGGAUUCGUUAUUUUAGAUUUGAUGUGUCGUAGUCCAAUAAUAGAUUUUCGUAGAGGUGGGAAAAGCGUUUAAAUCCAGCCGUCGCGUAGCAAGACUGGCCUCGAGUGGCGAUUCUGAUGACGGUGGGCUUGUUCCACCACCGCGUAAGAAAAGGUACUUGGAUACGGAAGAAACAAUGUUGCAGCCAACUAAUGGCUGUUUGCAACACAAUGGAUCGGUGGAUCAACCAUCGUCCAGUUCGACCAUUAAUGGUUCUGCAACUGGCAAUGGAGAUGGUCAAGACCAAAGCAACGGUUGUAGUAUCAAGGGAAGGUCAAGCCAAGAGAUUGUUAGGCUCAUCGGCCAACACUUAAAGCUUCUUGGACUCAAGUGAGUUUCUAGAGUUUUCUAGUAGCAUUUUGGAUCUAGUUGGUAGUUAUAAUAUUCUAUAAUUCCUUGUACUUUACUUAAUAAUGUAGAAAAACAAAAACAUACAGUUAGGAUACCUGAGAAAAUUUUUGUAACGUCAGUUUUAAUUAAUCAAUUUUGGUUUUUUGUUAUGGUUUACUGAGAAAUAAUUUUAGACUUAAUGUUUACUGGAUAUUUAUCUAUUUCUAUUUAAAUUGUUUAGACAUGAUAUAAUUUCAAAUAUUGUUUUAGAUUUUUGAGUUGUUUCUACAUAGGUAUUUGAAACCAAAUUUGCCCAGUCUAUUAGUUUACUUUAUGGAUUUUUGUGGACAUUUCUUAGUCUCUUGAAAUAAAAAUUAAAUAUUAAGUUUGUUCUAAAACUUUGAAAAAAAAGUUUAAUGAUAAUUUAAACUUUUUUUGUACUUGCCCCUUUUAUACCUAAGUGUAUAAAAUUCAAAUAUUGAUAAAAUUAAUAAAAAGUCAAUUUUUGAAAAAGUGUUUAACCCUUUCAGAAUCAGUCUUUGUUCUUAUGUUUAUCAAAUUAUUAAUUUAGUAUAAAAAAUAAAUUACAUUGUGUCUGGUGCAUAUAUCCACGGUGCAAGUAAUGUACUGUACCUAUCUUUUUUUUAUUUUUUUUUUUACAUUAGAUCACUUGUAUGAUUCAUUAUUGUUUAUAUCCAUUUUAACCUUAAUUAUUUGAUUGCCUACCAUAGUAAAAUGAGUCUAAAUGUAUAUUCGUAUAUACGUUUUUGGAAUGUGAAUACAUAGCAGAGCAAGUGCCAAACAUCAUCUAAUCAUAACCUAAAUCUAAAAAUCAAAUUUGAUAAUAAUUCAACACUUAGUUUUACAAAAGAUAAACUUGAUGUUUAGCUUUCUCUUAAACAUAUUUAGGUAGAUACCAAUUUUAUUUUUAGCCGUACGUUAAUAUAAUGUAUUUAAAUAGAUUAACUUAACCCACUUUUAGUUUUAGUUUUAAAUUUUACAUAUUUGAUAAGUAGGAUGUUGUCAAAGUAGCUUAAAUAAUUUUAUAUUUAGGUAUUACAAACUUUAUUAUUUAUAACUGUUCUUAUUCCUUUUUAUUUCAAGAAAAUUAAACAAAAAUUAACAUAUAUUCUAGCAUUGUCAGGUUUACAUAUAACCAGAAUAAGCAGUUGAUUAGAGCAGCAAAAUUAUAGUUAUUAGUUGCCUUUUUACCUAUACUUUUAUUUCAGAUUUUUCCCAAUUAUUUUUAGAAAAUCCCUUGGAAAAUCGAAAAAUGAUCCUCCUAAUGCACCAACUUGAGAAAAUUACCUUUCAGAAAAUAAAGUUUAUACUUCUGAACAAGUUUUCUGGUAGAAAAGUUGUUUAUAGACAGAAAAAUACAUAUUAAAACUAAUAGAUCUCUUGCUACACUUCAAAUCUAAAAAUAGAUCAUAUUCACUCUAAGUACCUCUAGGAAAUAUAAUUGUUAUAAAUUCAAGACCUUGUAAAAAUCUUCAUCUUUCAAAAAAAAAAAAUGAUUGAUUUAGACAAGAAAGUUAACCCUGUAAAGUAUAUUUUGGGGCAAAAAAAGCACCCCUGAUACAAUUGUUUUAAAAAACUAGUUUGUUAAUAAUUUCUAUAUAUAAUUGGGAAUAAAAGUAAAUAUAAGUCAUAUUAAAUUACUGUUUCAAAUAAAAUCUACAUUGCAACCAGUGUCAACUUAACUGUUAAGUUUUUUAAUCCUGUUCGUUUAGAAACUCAACAAUUUGACGACUCCAAUACGAAAAAGUGAACUUUGAUAAUAUUGCGCUUCCGUGUAUUCUGAAUUAACUUAAGUUAUUCAAAUGUAUAAGAAAUAACAUUAUAUCUAUUAUAUUUUAUUUCUCUCACUAUUUUAAAAUCUUUCAUAUUUUAUUUUAGUCAAACAGCUGAAGUAUUAAUGCAAGAAUCAGGCUGUCGUCUAGAACAUCCUGCUGCUACCCAAUUUCGACAUCAUGUAAUGGAUGGUGAAUGGCACAAAGUAUGAAUCAUAAUGAAUAUAUUUGAAUCAAACAUUUUUUAUACAUAAUUUCUUUUACAAUUACAGUAUAAAGUAUUUAUACAUGUAUUGGCCAUUUUUUUUUUUUAUUAUUAUAUAUAGUUAUAAUUACACAAUUAAUACAAAAUGUAAACAUAAUUUAAUGUAUUAUAAUUCAACAGCAUAAAAUAUUACCUAACACAGCAUAUUGUAAAUGGGUUACUUUUUAUUCUUGGUUACACUAUUAUAAAAUAACUUAUAAUAUUUUAGGUUAGUGCAGAUUUGAAUGAACUUCAAACCUUGGUAGGAAAUACAUGUCAGUAUUUUUUGGUAAGUGUAUUUUUUUUUUUAAACUACAUUAAAAGUAUAAUUUUGAUUAUAACAUAAUUAUUUAUUUUUAUUAGGAUAUGAAGUUUUUAAUAUUUGAACAAAAAUAUUUGGAAUAUUUAGAGGAUGGUAAGGUUUUAGAUGCAUUGCAUGUUUUACGUAAUGAGCUGACGCCUUUACAACAUAAUAUUGAUAAAGUUCAUAUCCUUAGCAGGUAAGUAAGCUUUUAAAAUUGAAAACUGUUAUUUGAAUUAUUAUGGAUAACUAUAUUUUAUUUAUUUUUUAUAGUUACAUGAUGUGUAGUGGACGAGAUGAAUUAAUGAAGCGAGCAAAUUGGGAAGGAAAAGGACUUAAAUCUCGAACACGGCUUAUGGAUAUGAUUCAACAAUUUUUGCCACCUCACAUUAUGUUACCACCUAAGAGGUAAAUUAUCAAUCAAUAAAAUUGCAUUAUGCAAAAUACAACUUAUUAUUGAUUACUUAUAUGUGUAUGUUUUUAUCUUGAAAAUGUAUAGGUGUACUAUCAACAUUUUUAAAAAUAUAUUAUAUUGAUAGCAUCACCCAUGUAAUUCAAUAAAUAUAAUAAUCUAUGCAAAGUGCAGAGUUUAUUGAUCUUACUGUUAUAAUUUAAUUUUUUUUGUUUAACUCAACCUUUUACAGAUGUCCUAUGUAAUUUAUUUUUCCAUUAAGUAUCAUGUAUAUAUCUUGUAUAUUUUACCAAUGUAUAGCAAUUUUCAUGAAAAUAAUAUAUUUUUAUCAUUAAAAUUAUUGGUUAUAUUUCAUUAAAAAUUAAUUUUAGGUUACAUAUGCUUUUAACACAAGCAGUAGAAUUGCAGAGAAAUCAAUGUUUAUUUCAUAAUUCAUUGUUUGAUGAUUCCAUUGAAAGUGUUUCCUUACUUACUGACCAUAAGUGUUCACUGUAAGUAUUAAUUAAAAUAUAAUAUCUAAUUACUUUUGUGAAAAAAGAAGACAUUUUUUUUAUUGCAGAGAACAAAUUCCGUGUGAAACUGUCCAAAUACUAACUGAACAUUGUGAUGAAGUAUGGUUCUGUCGUUUCUCACCUGAUGGAAAAAAAUUAGCAACUGGCUCAAAAGAUGCAUCCAUAAUAAUAUACGAUGUUGAUCCAGUAUGUUAACCAUGGAUAAAUUUGAAUCCAUUUUAUCUUCCAUAUAAUCCAUUUUAUUUUAUUUAUAAUAAAAUCUUAUUUUUUAGGAAACAUUAACUGUUGAGCAAUCAAUUACUUUAGAUGGUCAUUCAUAUGGAGUCAGUUACCUUUCGUGGUCUCCAGAUGGUGAACUUCUUAUGGCUUGUGGGCCAGAAGACAGUCCUGAUUUAUGGGUCUGGAAUGUUAGUACUGGUGUUUUAAGGUUAAAACUAUCACAUUCAUCAGAUGAUUCAUUAACUGCGUGUUCUUGGCAUAAAGAUGGUCAAAAAUUUGUCUGUGGAGGAAUUAGAGGACAAUUUUAUCAAUGUGUAAAUAUAUACAUGUAUAUUUUAAAUAUUAUUAUAAUUUAAUAAUAAAUACAUUUUAGGAUUUAGAAGGUUCUGUAUUAGAUUCAUGGGAGGGUGUAAGGGUAAAUUGCCUUUGGUGUCGAUCUGAUGGACGAACAGUGUUGGCAGCAGACACCCGCCAACGAAUUCGUUCAUAUAAUUUUGACGAGCUAAGUGAUCAAAAUUUGUAAGUACAAUACAAUUUUAUAAUUUCAUUAUUUUUUAAUUUUUUUGCAAAAAAGAUUAUUAAGAAGAUAUGUCAAAAAAAUUCAAAACUUUUUUGGAAAAGACUGGGUUUUUAAUGCUGAAGAUAGUAGUGUCAAUCACAAUUUUUCAAAAACUUAUUUUAGAAGUUAUAGUGGUUUGCAGACUAUGUAUGUGAAACAUACAAUUGUAAAUAUAGGAGAUGGCUUGCUACGCAUGCUGGUUUUGCUUGCCAACUCGAGCUCUAGCUGAGUUAACCUACGUUUCCAACCUUAUGCUAUUUGGAGGAGGACAGUGUUAUACAUUUUAAACUAUUGUAAGCCACCUCUAUUUAGUACAGCAAAACUGUAAAACAAGUAUUGAUUUAACGGUUUGAGGUGUAUUAACAUAUUACAAUUUUUUUUAUAAUUAUAAGGGGGCAUCCCAUAUCAGGUUUGCAAAACCCUAAAAAUAAUAAACUUCAAGUAGCUAAAAUCUCUUUAAUAAUGAUUUCUGCAAACAAAUUCAAACAUUUUCAAAGUCAUUGUUGAGAAACAUAUAUUUUCCAAUAAAAAACUUUAAAAAUUUAGAGUGGCGUGGUAAAGUGCAUAUUAAUCAGAUUAAUUAUCAAUUGUUUGAAUAGAAUACAAGAGGAUCAUCCUAUAAUGUCUUUCACAGUCAAUAAAACUGACCGCCUUGCUCUCCUCAAUGUUGUAUCACAAGGUGUUCAUUUAUGGGAUUUACAAGAUAAGUGUUUGGUAAGGAAAUUCCAAGGAGUAACACAGGGCCAUUUUUCAAUACAUAGUUGUUUUGGCGGUGUUAAUCACGAUUUUAUAGCUAGUGGAAGUGAAGGUUUGAAAAUUAGAAUUUUUAAUAAAUAUUCAAUAUUGUAACAAUAAAAUUAUUAUGCUUAUAAUUUUAUUUUAUAGAUAAUAAAGUUUAUUUAUGGCAUAUUAAACAUGAACUGCCUAUAGCAACGUUACCUGGCCAUACAAGAGCAGUAACUUGUGUUAGUUGGAACCCUGUUUAUCAUCAAAUGCUUGCUUCUGUUUCUGAUGAUUGCACUGUUCGUAUUUGGGGUCCUGCUGCAAUGUAUCGUAAACAAAAAACUAAUAGUGGUAAGUUUUUCAUUGAUGAUUUACUUCGUUAAUUAAUUUAAUUUGUUAAAAUUAAAACUAAUGGUUUUAACUAGUCAAUGGUGUAUACCAGUACCCUUUUUUUCCAUACCUAAUUGAUUAUAUUCAAUUUCUAUAUUAAUAUUUUAUCCACAUCAAAAACUAUUAUAUGUAUGGGAUAUUUAAUUUAUGGAGUAAUAAAUAUUUUUUUUUUUAUACUUUUUUUAUUAAACUUAUAACCUUUUGAAUAAAAAUCAGAUUUCUAAAAAUAAGUGAUAAAAGUGGUUAAAACAUUAUUAAUUUUAAAAUAAAUACUUUUUAAAUAUCAUAUUUUUAUAUAAACUUAUAACAAAACAAAACAUUAGUUUAAAAAUUUGAUUCUCAUAUAUUUAUAUUAGGUAUUUAAUAGCCAUAUUUAAUGAUUAUGAUUUAGAUUUAAUUAUUUAACGUUCAUACAUUUUUUAAAUUAUUAAAAUGAUAUUAUUUUCCAUAUCUUUAACAUUUAAAAUGUUGUUUUAAACUUAACAUUGUUAUUUUAAAAUAAGACAUUAAAUUUGUAGACAAUUUUUUUGAUCAUCUCCAAUAGAACUUUUCUAGCACAUAUUAUUAUUAUAUAGAGAUAUGCUAUUUAAUUUAAACACAUACACUUAAGUCUCUAAUAAUGUGUAAUUAAAAUUAAUACAUAUUCCAAAAAUAAUAAAAUAAGACUUAAAAUAUCAAAAAAAUAUAUAUAUACCUAAAUAUGUUAAAAUUAUUAUAAAUACUAAUUUUAAAUAAAAAUAUCUUAUAUAGGUUUUUUAAAACUUUGUAAAGUUAUAAUUAAUUAGAUAAUAGUUUAUUUUAAUACAUGUUUCAAGUAUGUAUAUUUAUUAAAACUCCAGUUUCAUUAAUUCCAUAUGUCGUUGAAAGAUGAACAAAUGUUAAAAUAAUUUUCAAAGUAUGAAGUUUUAUAAAUAUUUAAAUAUACCAUAUUGAGUUUAGUAUAAACAUUUAUUUUUUAUUUAAUACAAUUAUUGAACACUAGCUAUGUUUAUUUAUUAUACAGCAAUUAUUGUCAUACCUGUGUAUUUUAUAUUUUUGAAUUAACUUCAGUGUAGUUUUUAUUAAUAAAAACAUUUAUAAUAUACUGUAGUAUUAAAUCCAUAUUGGUUAAUCAUAUACAGAUUAUAGUUAAAAUCACAAUUAACUGUAAUUAUAAAAAAUAGAUUUAUUAUGAAUCUGCUAAUAUACUUUUAACUUUUUAUAGUAAAAAUUAAAAUAUAUUUAAUAUAUUAUGUGAUAUGAUAAGUAUUUAGUUAUUAAUAAUUAUAUAAACAUGUAUUUAUAAUAAUUGUAUUAAAUAUAUUGUGAUUCAUUAUUAUAGAUUAUAUAAUAUCGUAUCUGAAAAUACAUCAUUACUCAAUAAGUAAAGUAUUUUAUAACAAAUUAAUUCAUUACAUUGUAUUUGUUAAUACUUUGUAAUACAUUAGGAUAUUAUGAUUGUCAUGGUUUGCUUAUCAAAAUUAUGGAAUUAGAACAUUUUUAACAUGCAUGAUGAAUCAUUCACAAGUAUUCUAUUUACAAAAUUAAAAAUAUUGUAAAUUGUUUCAAAAUUUAUUUUCAUUACUAUUUAUUAAUUAAAUAGAUCUCAAACUGCUACAAAGAUACUGGUUUUCUUUUAAAAAGAAUAUUUAGAUUAAUAUUUUCUUAUACUUAAUUUUAUAUACAGAACCUGUUACUAAAGUAAAAACCACAUUUUUUUUUCUUUUUACACAGAUUUAAACAGCGAUUCUGGGUCACCUUCCAAACAUAUGUAAAAAAAAAAAAAUUAUUGAGACUAUUUGAAACAAAUAAUGUGUAUUUUGUUUUGCCAUUAAUAAACUUUAUAUUUUAAAGCUCUUUUUUUUUGAACAUUUUUUAACUUUCAGUUUUCAUGUUAUUUUCUGUUAAAGACAAGUUUAUAAAAAAAAUAAUGCUACAAAGUUGUUUAGAAUGCCACAUGUUAUAUUUUAUUUUAUAGCAUUUGAGGGUAUAAAAAACAUAAAAUAACAGAGCUAAAUAAAAAAAAAAAGGUUGUAAAUAUUUUUUAAUUGCAAAACUCCUAGACUUUAAGUCAUGUAUUUUCAAAUACUUAUUAUAAUUUUUUUGUAUAGUUAAUAGAUUGUUUUACCAAUAGAUUAUUUUAUUCUUUUUUCUAAUUCAUUACAAUAUUGAUGCAAUUUGAUUUAUAUAUAAAUAAAAUAUAAUUGUUAAGAUAAAUACCUAUGUAAUUGUCAUUGAGCUACUAUUGACUUAAAAAAAAAAUAAUAAAUAAUAUAUAAAAGUUUUAACAAUAUGUACAUGUCUUUUUUUUUCAUCUUAAUUAAUUUAAAUUUUUCAAUAUUUCCCUUGUGUUUUCCAGUUCUCACAUAUAAAUAAAAUACUUUUUUGGGGAUAUUUAAAAUCGUAUGCUAAACCCAUUAAAUUCUUUUCUUGCCAAAUACUCGAAGUUCAUCAGAUCACAUCGUUCAAUUUUGCUUCCAGGACUUCCUUCAUUUGACAGCCAUCCAAUCCUGUAAUACAAGUAUAAGGAUAAUAUUUACUGUCAUUUUUAUUAAUAUAUUUCUUUAAAG